AUGGACGCGAGCAACGCGCGUGUGGAGAGGCUCCGCCGUGUUAACCGCUAUAAGGCGGUGCAGGCUGAGCUUGCGCUCCAGCGAGAGGAAGAAGAGUUCUAUGCCAGUAGAGAGAAAAAGAUUCAAGCUGCUGCUCGUGAUGAGGCUCUUGCGAAGGAGUUGGCAGAACAGCAGCGUCUUGACUUGAAGGAUGAAAAGAUGCUUCAGCUUGUUCGUACAUUCCCGGAACUUCGGAACCUUGAGGCACAGCUAAAGCACGCUUUUAUGAAGCGUGGACGGGCAGACCAGGUAGAAGAGUUACGUCAGCUGCGGGAGAAGCAGCUGCAGGAGGAGAAGGACUACAUUGCGUAUCUGGACCAGCAGGACAAGCUGUCGAAGGAGAAGGAGGAUGAGCGGCGGAGGCGGGAGAUCGAGGCAUUCCAGCGCCAUCAGGCCGCGCAACUGAGCUUAAUUGAAGAGCGCAAGGCGUUUGCCGAGCGGGAGGCGGAGGAGCGGCGGAAGGAGCGCAUCGCCGUGGACGCGGUGGUGGCGCGGGUACAAGAGAAGGAGUUCCUCGACGCCCUCGACCGUCACGAGCGGCAGCGACAACUGCAGGAGGAGCAGGAGGAGUUCCGCCGGCGUCGCGCGGAUAUUCAGGCGGCGGAGCGGGAGCGCGAACAGCGGGAGGAGGAGGCUAUACGCGCUUAUCACGCCGAGCAGGGUCGUCGUCGGGAGACAGAUGAGAAGUUGCUGCGGGAGAAGGAGGCAAUCAAGGCCCGCAUCCUUGAAGAGCAGAGCAAAAAGAUUGCGGAAGAGCGAGCAAAGCGUGAGGAGCUGGAGAGUUUACUGAAUGACUACUACGAGGCAGAACGUGUCGCAAAGGAGCGCAAGGCAAUGAAGGAAGAAAAGGAAAUGCGGGAGAAGUUUGCGGAGGAAGUAAAGCAAGAGAACUGGAAGCUGAUUCAGGAUCGUUUGAAGGUAAAGGAAGAGGAACGGCUGGAGGAGAUUAAGCUACGCCAACUGAUGAUGGAGGAUCUUGCACGCAAGGCAAAGAUGGAACAAUUAUCACGUCAACGUCAAUUACAGCUCAAGAAGGAACACGCGAUUGAAGCCGAAAAGAUGCUUGAGGCACGUAGAGCGUUAAAACGCGAAGAAGAACGUCAAGCAGCCCUAUUAGAAGAACAGGAAAAGAAACGACAGGAAGAGUUGCAAGAAUACAUCCGUCGUGCACGUGCGCAGUUGCUUGCCGAUUAUAUUCCACAAUUGGGAGAAUUUGUCCCUGCACAUGUACUUACUGUCGAUGAAAAGAAAAAAUAUGGUAUUAUAAAAUAG